ACGCCUCUUUCUUUUGUCCCCUCUCUCUCUCUCUCGAGUGCUCUCUUCCCAUUUCUUCACCGUUGUUAUAUGUGAACAAGAGUUUUAAAGAUUCAUACGCAGUUGCCUCUGCGACUACGCAGGCUUGGUUGCUUGGUCCCCCCCCUCCCACCACGUUCCCUACCACCCUCUCCCCGCGGCUUUGGCAAGCGCACGCCGGGCGUGAGCGCUUGUGCCAGGCAUGCAGGCAAUCAAGUGUGUGGUGGUCGGGGAUGGUGCGGUGGGAAAGACGUGCAUGCUGAUCAGCUUCAGCAACAACACCUUCCCCGGGGAGUACAUUCCGACAGUGUUCGACAACUACGCCGUCAAUCUUAUGGUUGAUGGAAAAUACGUGAACCUGGGGCUCUGGGACACUGCAGGGCAGGAAGACUACGAUCGGCUGAGGCCGCUCUCUUACCCACAGACGGACAUUUUUCUCAUUUGCUUCUCGGUGGUGAGCCCAUCUUCCUAUGACAACGUACGCGUAAAGUGGUUCAAGGAAGUGCGGCACCACUGCCCAGAGACCCCCAUCAUCCUGGUGGGUACCAAGCAGGACCAGCGUGAAGACAAGGACAUUCUCAAGCACCUCGAGGAGAAAAGCAUGCAGCCUGUGACCAAUGCUCAGGGACUGAGUCUAGCCAAGGAGAUAGGUGCAAUCAAGUACUUGGAGUGCUCAGCCCUGACGCAGCGUGGCCUCAAGAAUGUGUUUGAUGAAACAGUUCGGGCUGUCAUCUCUCCAGAACCAAAGAUAGAGAGGAAGAAAAAGAGUUGUGCUCUUUUAUAACACCUAAGGCUUGCGUACGAUGGACAUCUCUUGCACUCUGCCAAGCAAGCCUCCACAACCAAUGUGGGAUCCAAACCCCGAAAAUGCAUUUUGUCAACAGUGUCAACAAUGUAUCAUAUUUAAUUUCCUACAAAAUAACAAGUUAAAUGCAGUUGAUGCUUGUAAAAAUGCACACAGAGUACACGACAAUAACUGUAUAUGUAUAAGCCUCUGUCUUCAUACUAUUUUGGAAAUGUGGGAUUUUUAAUCAUUACUGUAUAGCCAUGUAUUUACGAGCAGUCGUGCAAGUGACAUGCUCAUCCGCUUGCUGUUUACAGUUUCUGUCGCUUGGCCCAUUCUGUCUAAGCUACUGCACUUGGGCAAACAAAAUUGGGAACAAUUCAGUAUUCUCCACAUUUAUACAGCAUUGUGCCCUUGUUGAAUGUAUUCUGCACUUGCAUAAAAUGUCUAUUUUGUAUUCAGAUCUGUUUAUUUUUUUAUAAUCCUUUGGUUAAAAAUAGUGAUGUGCUUAUUUUGAACACUACAGGGAUUACUCAAAUACGUUACUUGCAUUUAUCUUAGAAUGUUCCAUCCUAUUACUCUCACACUGUUGUCAAUAGUUGAGCUUUUAUUCUAUUUUUUGUAAUGCUUGCAUGCGCCGUUUUUUAUAAAAUAUAAAAAAAUAACCUUGCAAAUAAACUCAAUGGGACGGACUGCAUUCAGGGCUUUUGCCCGUGGUUGUGCCACGCAUUAAAAAUAGGGCACGAGGUGGCUGGAUGGUUCAGGGAGCCCGUGUCAUUGUACCGAGAUUCCACGUGCGUUUCGUUUGAUGGUUUAACAGAAUGUCUCGAUUUUAUUUUCUUUCUCAUUUACUGGAUCCACAUGGAUCUAUUGGAAAAUAUAUAAAUACUUCAUGUAUCAA